UGCCUCGGGGGUGGUGGGCGUUUGCAGGGGGAGAGGAUGUCAAGAGGCGCCUCCUCCUGCCCUUGGAGGGGAGCGGGUCCGGAAAGGAGGCUCGGGAUCGGGUCCUCCUUGCGGGGGACGAGCCUCCUCCGCAGGUGUGAGCGGCGCCGCGGGCGAGGGGUGUGCCGCGCGUGUGGAGAGGCGCGGAGCGGGUCCGGUGCCAGGGACACCAGGGAGGGCCGGCCGGCGGCGAGCGGGGUUCACGCCGGGACAGGGCAGCCUGGGCUGCUGUAAUUGGAAAGCGAAGCGGGGAGGGGGAGGAGGUGACGGGCUGCCCAGGGCGCGUCUGAGGGGAGGCGAGGGCAGCCCAGAGAAGCCCAGCAGCGGUUGCAAAGCUGGCCUUAUUAUAGCCCCAAGUUUUUUCCGUGAGCUGCCAGCUCGGCUUCGGCCCGCCUCGGUGUUCCUCCUUGUAAUUCGUCCAGCGUUUGUGCCUGAGUUGCUUCAUAUUACUGUAAAGUGUUUGUGAGUUCAGCUUGCUCCCGCAGGAUUAAGCUAAAAUGACUACUGUAUAAAUGUCAUAGAAUAAAUGGCGUCCAAAGUAACAGAUGCUAUAGUCUGGUACCAGAAAAAGAUUGGGGCAUAUGACCAGCAAAUAUGGGAAAAAUCUGUAGAACAAAGAGAAAUCAAGGGUUUGAGAAACAAGCCAAAGAAAACUGGGCAUGUAAAGCCAGAUCUCAUAGAUGUUGAUCUUGUAAGAGGCUCUGCAUUUGCUAAAGCUAAACCAGAAAGUCCCUGGACAUCUCUGACUAGAAAGGGGAUUGUUAGAGUUGUUUUCUUCCCAUUCUUCUUCAGAUGGUGGCUACAAGUGACAUCAAAGGUUAUUUUCUUCUGGCUCCUUGUCCUUUAUCUUCUUCAAGUUGCUGCAGUGGCCUUGUUCUAUACAGUAGAAGCCACACAUAAUAUACCUCUGACUGAGGUAAUAGGUCCUGUAUGGCUCAUGUUGCUCCUUGGAACUGUGCAUUGCCAGAUUGUUUCAACAAGAACCCCUAAACCACCUCCAAGUACAGGAGGGAGAAGGCGAAGGAAAUUAAGGAAAGCAGCACAUUUGGAAGUACAUAGGGAAGGAGAUGGCUCUAGUACCACAGAUAACACACAGGAAGGAACAGUGCAGAGCUACGGUACAAGCACCUCUUACAGUAUUGGCGCUGUCUUCAGAGAUAUCUGGCAUGCUGCUUUCUUUUUAUCGGGAGCAAAGAAAGCAAAGAAUUCAAUAGAUAAGUCAACAGAGACUGACAAUGGGUACGUCUCGCUUGAUGGAAAAAAGACCGGUAAAAACAAUGAAGAUGUUUUACAAUCCCAGGAGCCGCAGUGUGAAGUUAUCAGAUCAGAAGAGACAUGCUGGAGCACAGGAGCAGUCAGAAAUUCAUUCAGUAAUACAAAUCAUCACAAAGAUAAUCACAGAACAGUGACAAAUAUGUCUGAUGAAGUUUCAAGCGAAGAGGGACCAGAAGCAGGAUAUCCCUUGCGCCGUAACGCAGAACGUACUUCCAGUGACUGCACAUUUCGGAACAGGAAAUCCCAUCAUUAUAAGAAACAUUACCCUGUGGAGGAUAUCCCUAAAUCAGGCACUAGUUGCAGUUCGCGAUGCUCAAGUUCCAGACAAGAUUCUGAGAGUACAAGACCAGAGUCUGAGACAGAAGAUGUCUUGUGGGAGGACCUUCUGCAUUGUGCAGAGUGUCGCUCCUCUUGCACCAGUGAGACAGAUGUGGAGAACUCUCAAGUUAACACAUGUAUAAAGAAAGAGUAUAGAGAUGACCCAUUUCACCAGAGUCACCUGCCCUGGUUUCAUAGUUCUAACCCUGGGCUCGAAAAAGUAAGCGCAAUUGUUUGGGAAGGUAAUGACUGCAAAAAGGCUGAUAUGUCAGUGCUUGAGAUCAGUGGCAUGAUAAUGAACAGAGUAAACAGCUAUGUACCAGGAAUAGGAUAUCAGAUUUUUGGAAAUGUCGUCUCUCUAAUCCUGGGUUUAACACCGUUUGUAUUUCGAAUUUCCCAAGCUAAGGAUCUGGAGCAUUUAACUACACAUUCUGCUGCUGAACUUUAUACUAUUGCAUUUGGGUCAAAUGGAGACAUGAUGGUUCUUUCCAUGGUUGUAGUAUGCUUCAUAGUUCGUGUUUCCCUUGUAUGGAUAUUCUUCUUUUUAUUAUGUGUGGCUGAGAGAACCUACAAACAGAGGCUACUUUUUGCCAAACUCUUUGGCCACCUAACAUCUGCAAGAAGGGCACGGAAGUCUGAGGUUCCUCACUUCCGACUAAAGAAGGUGCAGAAUAUCAAAAUGUGGCUUUCCCUCCGCUCCUAUCUAAAGCGUCGAGGUCCUCAACGAUCAGUUGAUGUAAUAGUCUCAUCUGCUUUUUUGUUGACUCUUUCAGCUGUAUUUAUCUGCUGUGCACAGCUACUUCAUGUACAUGAGAUCUUCCUUGAUUGCCAUUACAAUUGGGAACUAGUGAUAUGGUGCAUUUCAUUAACUCUCUUUCUUUUAAGAUUUGUUACACUUGGGUCUGAAACAAGUAAAAAAUACAGCAAUACCUCAAUAUUACUUACUGAACAGAUCAAUUUGUACUUGAAAAUGGAAAAGAAGCCGAACAAAAAAGAAGAACUGACAUUAGUGAACAAUGUUUUGAAACUUGCUACAAAAUUACUCAAGGAACUGGACAGCCCCUUCAGGUUAUACGGAUUGACAAUGAAUCCUCUGCUUUAUAACAUCACUCAAGUUGUCAUUCUAUCUGCUGUUUCUGGUGUUAUCAGUGACUUGCUUGGAUUUAAUCUAAAGCUCUGGAAGAUCAAAUCCUGACAUUUUUUCCAAAAAAGGGAAAAUGGACACAAUCCUCUGGAGAAGAGAACCGGUCGACUAAGCUGCCUCAAAGCAGUUGCUGAUUCUUUAUUUCAAAAGUUUCGAUCUCUACAUGGAUUAUCAUUUGCAAAGUUGAAGUGUUUACAUCUGACUGUCUUGUGCAAUCUUAGUAUUUAUUUUACCUUUUCAUUUUUGUAAAUUUUAUUUUAGCUGACAUUGUAUUUCAUUUUGAAACAUUAAUAUACUUUGGUUAUUGAGAGGGUUAAAAAAAUGGAUAUCCAGAUACUUGAGAUCCUGGCAAUUGGUCACACUAAAUUGCUCAAAUAUGCUUCAUCUGUUGAGAAAGGUGAAGCUCUAAUGCUAGGCUUUUAUACUUCAGAAUUUCUUGUUACAUCAAUGUCAUGCUGAAGUCACUUUAUUGAACAUGUAUUAUAAAAUGUUUAAAACAUUUUAUUUUGUACCUUCCUUUCAGGGGUAGUAUCAGAGCACCAGCAUAUUGUUGGUUACAGUAGAAAGUGACGUUUACUGUAAUUACAAUGCAGUAGGCCAGGUUAACUACAUUUUAAUAUAGAUAUAUAUAUAAAUGCUAGAGCCAGCACGUUUCUUACUGAAGCGAUUCCAGGAUCCUAAAUAUAUUGAUCUGAAGUUUUAAGCAUUGUUGAAGAUUAUUAAGGUAUUACAUAGCAGGUCAACAAGUGCUCUUUGAUAACAUUUUUAUUGGAGCAAUAACUGUAAACUGUUACUGUGCUGUAAGAUAUUUUGAUAAAAAUUAGCUAUAGUAUUUAUUUGAGACACUGGGCUGUUUGCACAGUUCUGACUGUGCCGCUCAAUAUGUGCACUUUUAUUGUUACUUAAAUAGUGAUCUUUAUAUAUACUAAAUAGAAUAUAUUAUGGUGGACUAUGGUGCAAUAGUGUUACAUUUGCAAGAUCAAUAUAUUAUGUAGGAAUGCUCUCCCAUAGUACACUGUAGUAUAUGUGACUUAUACCACACAGAGAAUAUAAAAAAUUGUAAGAUAAGCAACUUUUGAAAUUGUAAUUUUCAAAACUCAGUCUUAAUCCUGUUUAGAAGGAAGCACUGGUUAUUCAAUUGAAUCCCCUUGAGUUGCAAAAAUGGACUAUGGUUUUAUCCAUAUGUGCUUGGGAGUAAAUCCCACUGAAUUUAAACACUGGCUUAGCUUGCUGUUUACUCAGAAGUGAGUCCGAAUGUUCAUUGGGUUUACUUCCAGGUAAGUGUGCAGCCUGCAGUGAUUUCAGCAGGAUGCUUUUAGGACUGAUGCCAGAUCAUGACCAUGUCGUAUCUCUUUUUAUUUAAUUUCCAAAAGACGUAAGCUGCAUUUCUGUAUAUCCCCCCCCCCCCCCCCAGGAAUAAGCCCCACCGACAUCACUAGGGCUUCAUAUAGGACUGCACUUUACAGAUAACAUUAGCCGGUGUUAUCUUUAGCAACAAGUAACUAAUUUUAAAUUAUGAAGUGGAAGUGCUCAGAUUGAACACCGAUGACACCUAUAACCGAGCCACUGUGAUCUAGCAAAGUGCUGCUUCAGAUGCUCUGUGCCUACCCGAGACCUCUGGGAUUGUCCCAUUCUCUUCAGUGGAGUGGCCAAAUUUACACGCACAAAUAUAUAUAUUUGCCUCUCCCUUAAGUGGAUGAAUAAUCCUCAUGCUCAGUGUAUGUAUUGGAGCACACAGGAUUCCGGAUGAAAGGAAGGGCAUCUGUACAGCUAUUGGUUCACUAUGUUGACCGCCUCUCCAUUUCCCUUCCAAUAUGGCUUGGCUGAAAAUUUUAUAGAGCUGUCAAUUUGAGCUACGAAGUGUGAUUUAAAACACCAUGUCAAAAGGGACAAACCCUAUCAUGUUGAGCAUACAUAUAAUAUUCUGAACUGGAUAUUGUGUGAAUUGUGCUUAUUAUUUCAAAAAACAUCUAUUGGACUGUAAACAAUAGAAAAUAAUGUAGCUGAUCUGAAGAAAAUAAUAACGAACCCUUCCAAAACUCCCAAUUCCAGAAUUAUUGCAGUACAGUAUAUACUUGUGUGGUAUAAGGUAUUUUUAUAUAUAAAGCAACACAAACAUUUUAUAUUUUAUUUGUUUCUGUACUAAUGUUUAAUAAUGUUAAUAAUGACCAAAGUGCAUUCUGUUAUUGUUGGGUUUUUCACCCCCCCCAAGGAAUGUAUUACUGGAGCUUUAAGAACAUGCUAUGUCUAGUUUAUAAUGUACAAAACUUAGGUUCUGUGAUCUCUUGUUCUUCCUUUAUGUUGUCUGAUGUUGGGAUUGUUGUUUAGGAAUUGCCUAUUUUAUAUCACCCCUCCCCCCCCUCAAUAUGGUACAGGCCUGCACAGAACUAAAUUUUGCACAGAAUACAUUUUAAGAAUAAAAAAGGAACAGUUUGAGUUGUGUAGGGGUAAAUAAUGACUGUUUCCACAGUCUGCCACUCUUUCCCCCGUUUUUUAAUUAAAAAGUUGUUUUAAGAAUUAAAAUGUUUUUAGACACUUAAAGUUGACUAUGAUCUCGUUAAAGAGUAGCAGCAAUUUGACUGCAAAGAAGUUUGAUUGUAACUACACUAUACCUCAGCAACUAGCAGUAUGCUAGAUUGUUGCACUAAUUAGGACAGCAUGCGAAAACCUAGAAAUGAGGACUUGCAAAUAUGAAAAAAGUACUUCCCAAUAAAAACAGGUGUGUUUUAAAUGGUUGCCAUUUUGUACAUCAAUCAUGCAAGUGAAUUGUUAAGUGUGUUUUACAUCCCUUAUAUGGAAAAAUAGACGUGAGCAAAAAAGUGGCAGAUCUUGUGUGCAAACUGUUUCUGACACAUGUUUGUAAUAGACAGCAUGAUCAGGCUUGGAAUAAAACAGUCUGUGGCUGAUGGUAUUAAACAAAGCAUUGGAUUGCGUUUUUAUUGUAACAAAAUUAGCAGGUGCCUUACAAAAAGCAUAAAGUCGUAAGAAAAAUACAAUUUCAGUACAAUUCAGUUGGAGGAGGAGAACGAAGACUUUAAUUCAGCACAUCUUUUUGAUUAUGUAAAGCUUAGAAGCUCAUAUUUCAACGCCUAGUUUUUGCAGGAAGAAGGCUUAUUAAUUGGGAUAGUCUAAUCUACCUUGAGGGUCCUAAUUAGAAAAGUGAAGUAUUAAAUAUUGAAAAAGUAAACAUACCAUUAAAGUAAUAAAGAUAAUAAACUACUACUGUAAAAUAAAAUACUAACCUUUAAAGUUUUUACAAUCCUGUUUACAUUUACCUGGGAGUAAGCUGAGUUGAGCAUUGUUGCAUUUCUGGGUAAACACCUAUCUUAUGUAGUGCAGGAGUACCUUAUCUCAAGAAAGCGCAAGAAUUGCGUAAGUUAUAAAAUGGGUGUAUAUAUCCUGGCAUGUGAAGACUGGCAUGUCGUCAUCCCCAUAUCAGGUAAUAGCAGGCACCUGAUCUAUAAGUGGAAGGAACACACACUGUCUUUAAUUGCCCUGUUCCAACAGGAAAUCAGUUGAAAGUGCCGCUUGGCAGCUAAGUUGAAAAGUAUGAUCCAGGAGUUGGGAUUGAAUACUUUCGAAUGCAGCCAUCUGUCAUUGCAGAGCACAGGAGGCAGUGGGGAGGUGGAAAAGGUCCUUUCCCUCGGAACAAUAGAAGGCCGGUCAUUCGUGAACCUGAGCAGACCUGCACCAACAUUUCAGCCCCAGAAAAAUGGCCUUUCACCUUUUUGAAUUGGAAGACGUAGUUUUCCCCCCUACAUAAUUAGUUUCCAAAAGUCUGCAUAUCUUUGCAGCUUUACAGACUUGAGGCUAUUUCAUAAUAUUGCACCUUCCUAUGCUAAAAUUAUUUGGCACUUUAUUAUUUAUUGCAGACAUAACCAGAAUUGUGGAGGCUUACUUGCCGAAGUAAAGAUAAGGCAUGAAUAAUCCGAUGAAUUGCAUACUGUUCUGUUUAAAAGGGGAGAUGAGUGCUUUUUUGCUAGCUUUCUGGGCAGAAAUAUCACCGACUGCUAUUUGGUGUGAGAACCUAAUAUUAGAGCAACAGUACUAUGUUUUUCUGGUUGCUGGGGGAAGCUGGGAUUCUUUGACUGGUUUUCACUGAGGAAUGGUGAAUGAUCUUGCCAGCUACGGUACUACCAAUCCUUGCCUGCAGUUUGUAUCCACAGCGGGAGAAUGCUGGAAAUCACUUCUGAGGCACCACAAUUCAUAAAGAAAACCACCAAAGUGGUCUCAAAUUCCUCUGAAUGUGAGGUUUUAACUAGGUGCAAAAAGACCUUUAAAUAUUCUUAAAAGGAUUUUCCCUCCCUUUAGACAAAAUUAAAAUGGUGUAUUUAUUUUCAGUGUUUUAACAAACAAUGGCCAAACUGUUCCCUUGUUGCAUCUCAUUUGACCUAAUAUAAAUAUUUUUUCUGUUUAGCAGCUGCAGCCUCCUUUUAUUCUUGUUCAGUCCUUAGAAGUCAUUAUUUACUAACAGCUCCCAAAUGAGUUUAAUCUAUCUGUUAAUGAAAGUUAUUUAUGAGGUUACUGUCAUUCUAGCGCAAUCAUAGCCCUAAACCCUAAGCACCGAAGACAUGAUCAUGAAUUAAAUGAGUAUCUUUUCUGUUUUUCUGAAAGUGCAGCCAAAUGGGAUGGAAGUCAUCUUAAAAGCCCAAAUGGCUGCUUUUCUAUGUAAACUCAAGCUGACAGCCCAACAGAGCAUUUAUAGGAUUUGAACCC